AUGACAGGGAACUUCCUCUCUGAAACGACUAGGGGCAAAAGAACUUUAGAGUUCAACAAGCAGGAGGCACGGAGAGCUCACCACCUGCACCAGGAGGCAGGGGGAAGCUCCCCACCUGCAGCAGGAGGCAAGGAGAGCUCACCAUCUGCAGCAGGAGGCAAGGAGAGCUCCCCAUCUGCAGCAGGAGGCAAGGAGAGCUCACCACCUGCAGCAGGAGGCACGGAGAGCUCACCACCUGCACCAGGAGGCACGGAGAGCUCCCCACCUGCAGCAGGAGGCACGGAGAGCUCACCACCUGCAGCAGGAGGCACGGAGAGCUCACCACCUGCAGCAGGAGGCACGGAGAGCUCACCACCUGCAGCAGGAGGCACGGAGAGCUCCCCAUCUGCAGCAGGAGGCACGGAGAGCUCACCACCUGCACCAGGAGGCACGGAGAGCUCACCACCUGCAGCAGGAGGCAAGGAGAGCGCACCACCUGCACCAGGAGGCACGGAGAGCUCACCACCUGCAGCAGGAGGCACGGAGAGCUCACCACCUGCAGCAGGAGGUACGGAGAGCUCACCACCUGCAGCAGGAGGCACGGAGAGCUCACCACCUGCAGCAGGAGGCACGGAGAGCUCACCACCUGCAGCAGGAGGCAAGGAGAGCUCACCACCUGCAGCAGGAGGCACGGAGAGCUCACCACCUGCAGCAGGAGGCAAGGAGAGCUCACCACCUGCACCAGGAGGCAAGGAGAGCUCACCACCUGCAGCAGGAGGCAAGGAGAGCUCACCACCUGCAGCAGGAGGCAAGGAGAGCUCACCACCUGCAGCAGGAGGCACGGAGAGCUCACCACCUGCAGCAGGAGGCACGGAGAGCUCCCCACCUGCAGCAGGAGGCAAGGAGAGCUCACCACCUGCAGCAGGAGGCACGGAGAGCUCCCCACCUGCAGCAGGAGGCACGGAGAGCUCACCACCUGCAGCAGGAGGCACGGAGAGCUCACCACCUGCAGCAGGAGGCAAGGAGAGCUCACCACCUGCAGCAGGAGGCACGGAGAGCUCACCACCUGCAGCAGGAGGCAGGGGGAAAACUCCCCACCUGCAGCAGAAGGCACGGAGAGCUCACCACCUGCAGCAGGAGGCACGGGGAGCUCCCCACCUGCAGCAAGAGGCACGGAGAGCUCACCACCUGCAGCAGGAGGCACGGAGAGCUCACCACCUGCAGCAGGAGGCACGGAGAGCUCACCACCUGCAGCAGGAGGCACGGAGAGCUCCCACCUGCAGCAGGAGGCAGGGGGAAGCUCCCCACCUGCAGCAGGAGGCAAGGAGAGCUCACCACCUGCAGCAGGAGGCAAGGAGAGCUCACCACCUGCACCAGGAGGCAAGGAGAGCUCACCACCUGCAGCAGGAGGCAAGGAGAGCUCACCACCUGCAGCAGGAGGCAAGGAGAGCUCACCACCUGCAGCAGGAGGCAAGGAGAGCUCACCACCUGCAGCAGGAGGCAGGGGGAAGCUCCCCACCUGCAGCAGGAGGCAAGGAGAGCUCACCACCUGCAGCAGGAGGCAAGGAGAGCUCACCACCUGCAGCAGGAGGCAAGGAGAGCUCACCACCUGCAGCAGGAGGCAAGGAGAGCUCACCACCUGCACCAGGAGGCAAGGAGAGCUCACCACUUGCAGCAGGAAGCAAGGAGAGCUCACCACCUGCAGCAGGAGGCAAGGAGAGCUCACCACCUGCAGCAGGAGGCAAGGAGAGCUCACCACCUGCAGCAGGAGGCAAGGAGAGCUCACCACCUGCACCAGGAGGGAGAGCAGGAACCUUCUCUACAUAUGUACUCUGCAAAUAUCACUUUCUACAGUUUCUUGAGCCAGAUGUGUAG